CUAUUGUCCUACUCGUUUUACCACAUGUCGAAACGCAUAUUUAUUACUCUUUUACAAGCUAAAAGCUCAAGUGGAGCGAUCUAUGGGCAUCUUGCAGAGUUUACCAACACGACAAUGGCCGAAUUGUCCGUAUAAAAUAUUUUUUAUUGGCUCAUACAUCUAAACCUGCCAUGUCUUUGGUUUUAAAAAUGGCGUAUACAAGCUUUUUGUUUGCCGGUUUACGCUGUUAAAUGAAUCGUUUUCAAGACCCUGUGCGUAUUCCAACGACACGUAAACUUCGUGAAUAUGAGAAUAAAGUGCAUGUGUAGUUACAAUAAUUUGCACCAUGGAUCCGUGAACAAAUUUUCUUAGCGUUAUGGUGAAUUAGAAUGGUGCCUGUGGUUUGUCAAGCUCGCACGUCGACAGGUUACCCGUUCGAAACGUAAAUAUCAUCCAGCGAGCGUUUUAUAUUUCAGAUAUGUCUGUGUCGCAAAACAGUAGAUAAUGGAGAGCACUGAAGACGAUGCGGGCGCCGCGACGAACGCUUCCCGCCGCGUAUCGGCGCGGGAAAAGGACGUCGGGCGGAUUGAGGACAUCAAUGCAACUGGUAGUUUACAACAAGACCCGUUCGAGCCGAGAACGUCUUGCCAAACCCCCGCGAUGUCCGACGACAACUUCGACGGCGACAGCGUUCCGUCGCCGUCGACUCACGACGUCAACACGAGCACGGAGGCGAUCUUGGACAUGAUAGACGAGAUCGUGGACGGGCCCGGAGCACCCAAGCGACUGCCGCGCGCCGCGGCGAGCGACUCGGACAGCAGGUUCGCUGGUGGCGGAGAUUCCCAUGUCGAAACGCGUUGUGCUCGACGCGAUGACACUUCUGUACAAUCUCCAAAUUUAGCUUCUGCCACAAGUGCCAAAAGUGAAGAAAAUCAAUGUGUUGACUCCAGUUCACUCAGUGUACAGACCUUACCAAGUGAUGAGAUUCAUUUACAAACAUCUCAAAGUGAUAUUUUGACAGAUUCAAAUAGUCUUCAAACCAAUGUCUCUGUUGAUUUGAAUGUACCUCAAAGUGAUGUUUUGAUGGACUCGCAAACACCUCAUAGUGACAAAGUGUUAUCUCAAAGUGAAACAUGUGCAAUAUCACAGGUUUCGCAAAGUGAAUUAUGUGUUAUACCACAGUCCUCAGAAAGUGAAGGUGUGACGAGACAGAUACCUGAAAGUAAAUUAAGCAUAACUGUGCAACCCUGUGAAAUAACAUCUGUAGUGCAGACUUCAGAAAGUGAAAUAUGUGCUACAUCACAGGCAGCACAGGUCUUAGGAAGUGUAGAAGUGUCUACUAAAAACAGUGACGAUAGUGUAAUAGAGCAGAUAUCACACAAUGUAAUAAGUGCAGAUGAUGACAAAUGUGAAAUGGAGCAAAUAUCUCAAAGUGAAAUCUGUGCAAAAGCACAAGUCUCACACUGCGAAGUAAUGCAGACUUCCGAAGUUUGCACAACAGAACAAUCAAUCCAUAGUGAAGAAAAUACAGAAGCUCAAAUUUCUGUAAGUGAAGUUAAUGUUGAAGCGCAGACAUCACAGACUGAUUCAAGUAGAUCACAAACUGAAGAAAGUGAGGUAUGCACAACGGCACAAUCAUCUCAUAGUCAAGAUAGGGAGGAAGAGAAUUCAUCUAAAAGUAAUGUUUGUCCAGUAGAACAAACAUUUCAGAAUGACGUAUGUAGAACUGAUGAGAUAGCAGUAAAUACUAUUUGUGAGAUAGUACAAUCAUCACAAAGUGAGAAUAGUCCAGAAAUACAGACCUCGCUGAGUGAGGAAGUGCAUAAAACUGAAUCUUGUAUAGAGGAACAGGAAAGUCAUAAUUUUUUAGAUACAGUUCAAUCAUCUGAAAGUGAACAAUGUAUUCAGGCACAGACAUCUCAUAGUGUGGAAAUUGCUGAAGUGCAGAAAUCUGAAAGUAAAGUUUGUGCGAUUGCACACACGUCACACACUGAGGACAGUCCUCAAACACAAAUAACUGAAAGUAAAGUUUGUGAUAAUGUACAGAUGUCUCAUAGUACAGAAACUCCGGAAGUGCAUACCUCCCAAAGUAAAACGAGUGAAGUAGGGCAGAUAUCACAAAGUGAAAUUUGUGCAACAGCACAAGCAUGCAGUGAGGAAAGUCAAAAUGUGCAAACUUCAUGCAUUGAAGUAGGAAAUGAAGCAAGUAUAACAGAAAGUGAAACUUGUGCAUCUAAGCAAACAACUCAAAAUCAUGAAUGUACAGUAGUGCAGAUGUCACAAAGCAAAGUCAGUGCUAUAGAAGAAAUGCCACAUUGUGAGAGAAAUACUGAAGAAGUUUGUUCGACAGAGCAGUCACCUCAAAAUGAAGUAUGUUCUACAGUACAAACAUCAGAAACUGCAUUAUGUGCACAGACAUCUAAAACUGAUUCAUUACCUGAAGUGCAGUCAUCACAAAAUGAAGCUUCUGAUGAGAUAAAAGUAGAUAGUGUUUCAAUACCACAACAAAAUCUUCCUGUGCUAAGUAGCAAUGAUCAUAUAGUAUCAAUGGAUGCUGAAAAAAUUACAGUAUCAUGUUCUGAUGAUCCAAGCAAUAGUUCACUAGUACCUGUACCUUCUGCCAGUGAAGAGGAGGCUGUGCGGACUAAUUUACAAACUGAAAGUGAACCUAAAAGGACUUUAAAAUGUGCUACAUCUAGUGAUUACCGGGACAAUGUUACUGUAGAAAGUGCUGAAUCCACAUCAAGUGACAAUAGUAUAAGUACACAGAGUAGAGUCGCCUUGGUGGAGAAUGUAACGAAAUCACCAUUGAGGCGUCCGUUAAUACGUCCUAGACCUAUUCGACCUGAUUCUACUGUCUCCUCUACAGUAGAUUCCAGCAAUAAUGUAUGUAAGUCUGAACAGGCCAGUGACAGUGUUGUCAAAGAUGUAUCUAGUUCAUCAGACGCUGUGCCCCCUAUACAAAGUUAUGUUAAGCCAGAUGAUAGUAAGAAAGUUAGUGAAGUUAGUAUCUGCAAAGCAGAAACAUCAAGCAGUCCAACUAGAAAAAUAAAACUUAUAAGACCAAAAGCUUUGCCUCAGAAAAGCAAUACACAAUCUGAAAAUAGAACAAUUGAUGCGCAACAUAAAUCAACAGAGAGUGAACUGUGCCAAUCAACAUCUGAAAUUCAGACACCUGCAACAGUAUCUUCGGAACAGUUUACAGAGACAGCCACAGAAAAAAUAUCAAAUAUCCCACAAAGUGAUAUCACAUCACAUACACAAGAUAUUCCAACAUUAGCUAUUCAAAGUGAUUCAGUGUCAGAAACAUUGUCAAACAGUUUACCAGAUCCUGCAGAAGAAAAAGUGCUUGAAACUGUACAAGAAAUAUCUGUUAGUAAUGUCAAAGCAAAUGAUGAAUGUGUAAGUCCUAAAAUUGAUUCACUAGAAAAAGUUGUGGUAGAUAUCCAAAAGAAACUGCCUCCACUUAAACUUAACCUUUCUACAGCAAAUAAACAGGAAUCUAUGGACACUGAAGAACCAAAUAGUGGAAGUAGUAGUAAUAUUACAGAAGAGUCUGAAUCACAGAAACAAGUCCCUAAAUUAACAAUUAAAUUGAGUAGUAAACAAAGUGAGGAAAUAAAAUCUCCAAUACCAAAAUUAACAAUAAAACCUAUUAAACCUCCACCAGUUGAAGAGUUUCGGUCUGUGGAGACUGUCAAGGAGCAAAUACCUCAUGUUACAAAAUUAAACAUUAAGCCUAUUACAAAACAACCAGAGAAAAUAAAUGAGAUUCAUCGGAAAUCUAGUAGCAGUGAGAUAUCUGAAUCAGAAUACUCAGAGAAUGAUGAGAGUACUAGUACAUCAGAUCAAGCAUCUGCCUCAGACCAGGGCUCUUCAGAUAUAGUUCCUAAGGUAACUAUAAAACUAGGUAAGCCAGGAACAGAAUCUGAGGGUCAAUUUUACACUGAGAAAAACAUACCUAAACUAACCAUAAAAGCUAUUCAAAAUAGUGAAAAUGAAGAACAACUAUCUCCAUCAAAAUUAAAAGUUUUCAUCAGUCAGUCAGAAGACAUUCAGACUGAUAAAGUACCUAAAUUGACAAUAAAAACAGUAACAAAAUGUGAAAGUCAACCUCUUAGUCCAAAACUAACUAUAAAACCCAUAAAAAUUCCGGAUCAUAUGGUUAAGGAAAGUGCUGAUGAACAUGUUAAUUUACAAGAAAUACCAAAAUUAAAAAUAUCAACUGAUACAUUAAGUGCAAGUCCUACAGUAAGAAAUUUAGUACACACAGCUUCAAAAGUUUUAGACACUGUGAGUAAUAAAUCAUCUAAAAUGGUUAGUAAAUCUGAACCUGAAACUACAAUUAAAAGUAAAAAAGCAGCACCAUAUGAAAAUUCAGAGAAUAUUCCAGUAAUUACAAAAUUAAAUAUUAAGCCUUUAAUGAAACCUUCAGACAGUACUGAAUUAUCUGAAGGCUUAGAAGAUAAAGUUCCUGUAGUUUCAAAAUUAAAUAUUAAACCCAUAGUGAAGUCUAAAGAUAGUGAAGUAGAUUAUAAUAAAGAUGAUGUACCUAAGAUUACGAAAUUAAAUAUUAAACCCUUAAAAAACCCUGAAACUAAUUCUUCAGAAGAAAAAGACUGUGAUGAAUCAAAAGCUGAUAUAGAUGGAACUAAUAUACCUGUUAUUACUAAACUUAAUAUUAAGCCUAUAAUUAAGCCGCUAGAUGAAGAAACUUUAAAAGAUAAUGAAAACCAAUCCUCCGAAACAGGCAAUUCAAGUGAUGACAACACUGACAUACCAUUUGUUACAAAAAUCAAUAUUAAACCUAUAUGUAAACCAAAUGAUACUAUGGAAUCAGGACCAAGUAGUAAAAAUGAGGAACAUAUUCCAGUUAUUACAAAAUUAAAUAUUAAGCCAUUAGUAAAACCUGAAGAAGGUACAGCUCCAAUGUCACCAAAAAAGGAGCAGUCUAAAGGUUCUAGUGGUAUACCAACAAUAACAAAAUUAAAUAUUAAACCUGUAAUGAAACCUGAAGAAAUAAAACAAAAAGAAUCUUCAGAUGACGUUGAAGAAACUAUAACGAAAAAUCCACCUUUAGUUAUGAAAAUCAAUAGGAAAACUGUUGAUUCAUAUGUUAAUGACAACCAAUACAGCAUUGAUAAAAAAUCUGACCAUGAACAUUGUAACAAUAUCAGUGUUGAAUCAAUUCCUAUUGUCUCUAAAAUCAAUAUUAAACCUAUAGUUAAGCCUUCAAACACUGAAGUUUCUGAGAAGAAAAAUUUAUCAGAUUUAAAUUGCAAAACAAGUUUAGAGAAAAUAAAUCAACUGGAACUCAAAGAUUCCAAAUCUACUGAAAAGCUAGAACCAGAAGAAGUAAAACAAAAUUGUGUGUCACAAGUAAAAGCAAAUGAAGAAAAUUCACCUGUUAGAAAAGAGGAAGAAACACUACAAAAGAAAGAAUCUGAAUCUUGUAAUACAGACAUUUCAUAUGAAACUAAAUCCACAAUGACUGAUAUAUCAUCACAAUCAUCAUUAAAGCAGUUUAAAAGAACAUCAGGAAAUGAAGAAAGUCGGAAAAGUACAAGUAAUGUUGAAAUACCUAAUUCCCAGUUGGAUACAAUAUCAAAAGAAACUUCCAAAUCUAUAACUGAAAGACCUACAAGAAGUAAAACAUUGCCAAUGAGGCAAAAUUGUAUGUUAUUAAAAAAGUUGUUAGAGACAAGAAAAGAAAAAGGUCAAGAGGAAGACAUAUUCAAUCAAAGUAAUAUUAAUAAACCUACAACUGUUCAUGCGAUUUCUUCUCCAAAAUCACCCAAAAAUGUUAACACUAAAAAUGAUUUACUUAAAGAAAAAAAUAAACAAGAAAUAAUAUCUGAAAAUGAAUGUCAAGCAAAUGAUUUCAGUAUUGGAUCAAUAAAAGUUCGCUCCAUGCAAGAGUUAUGUAACGAAGCUAAUGAAAACCUAACAAAGCCCCUAUUAAUUAAUAUAUCUGACAAAGUUUCACAACAUAGCUCAGAUCAAGAUUCGCCCAGAAUAAUUCUAAAAAUCAACAAAACAGAGCAAGGUGCAUCAGCUAAAAUUUUAACUGAGGAACCCAAAAAACCGGAACAAUCAGUUUCAACUGAAAAGGAUAGUAUAUUAGACAAUGACAUUCAACACAAGAAAACCAUAUUGAAUAGCAGGAAAAAGACUCAUGUAGACACUCCAAUGCCUAUGGGCAAAAGAUUAAGGAGUUCUAGAAUUCUACAAUCUCCAGAAAAAACGCCUUUGUUAAGGCGAAAUAUUGUUAAUAAAAGACCGUCUACUGAGUCAAGUCCUCCAAAAAUGAAGUCAGAAAGUGAGUUGUCGGUACUUGAAACAAAAAGAUUGAAACUUGGGCAAUUGCUGUCUAAUAAAUCUCUUACAAUUACGCCAAUAGUCACUAAAACCUCUCCAAUUUCACCACCCUCUAAAUCUGCAGAUAUAAAACAAGGCAGCAAACACCAUUCAAUUUUGAAUAAUGAAAAUUGUGCAAAAAAUGGAAGUUCCAAGUUGCACAAUAUUUUGUCUAAUCUUCAAGCGAAAAAAUUGCAAGCUUUGCCAUUCAAUGACCUGAAUCAUACAGAUAAUAGUCAAAGCUCAAGUCCAGACAUGAAAUCUAGUGCUUCAACAGAUAGUUCAGAAGUAAUAAUCAUUGAUAAAUCACCUGAGGUCCAAAUGAUUUUUAAUGAAAAUUCUGAAUCUCGUGAUUACACUAUUGGAUCUGAAGAAAAUGCUCAGGACCCUUUGCAAGUUGACACUUUCAAACCCCCAAAUGAUUUUAUCCAUGCUGAUAUUCCAAAAUUGAUAGACACAACACCUCAGCCAAAAAAGCGUGGUCGGCCUCGAAAAGUUCCGCUGUCUGAGGGUGCAAAGCCAGUUGUGACAUUACCAGUUCCGGCACUAGAGGAGCGACCACAGCGAUCACUUCGAUUGUCAAGGGACCGUCCAGUAAUACUCGUGAAACCGCGAGGCCGGGGCCGCGGCAGGGGUCGGCGGAUAGAGACCGAGCCCAACCCAUCCCCAGCACCAGAGCCCGUUGAGGAGACGGCGAACAAGUUCUUUGUGGAGUCGAAACCUGAGAGAUCUGAGGAGGAGAUAGACCCCACCAGUUCACGCAUAAAACUGCCUCGAAUGACAGAGGCGUUAGAUAAAAUGCCGUCCGUCUGCUCUACACCGUUGUCUAGUAGGAGACGAAGUUCGUCGUCGGAUUUGCAAAUAUUCGCUGCUCAAGAUAUAAAGGUAGUGGUGGAACAAACACCGCUUCCGAAAAUGGAGGAUCCGUUUCUGAAGUCUCCCGUAGUUGUGAGCGAGUUGCGAGGGCGAGGUAGUCGCGGCGGGCGCGGGAGUCGCGGGGGACGGGGGCGACCCGGUCGCGGCGGUCGGGGGAGAGGACGCGGACGCGGGGGAGGCAGGGGCGCUAUGUACAUGAAGGAAACAAUGGGUAUCUACGGGAGAGUUUGUGGUCCAGCUACCACCACAGUGCAGCUAUUUGAAGAAGAAACCUGCAUGAUGGAUGACAAUGCUACACCAGCAAAGCCCUCACAUUUAUUGGACGAAGACUCUCAGAGUUCCGUCAAAAGCUCAACCAAUGACAGUAGUAAAAUGAGAAAAUCCAAGUUCGCAGAUUUGUUUGAUAGUAAUAAAGUAUGGACGGCGGCUGAUGUCAAAGAAUACUCAUGGCCGCCACCAGAAAAGGGGGACGGAGAGGUGAUGAUGAUACAAGAGCAGGUGGCGAUGUUUCUCGGCGUGAAGAGCUUUAAGAGACGAUACCCUGAGAUGAAGAGGCGCACCAUAUCCGCCGAGGAACGGGACUACGUGCUCAGCAAGGGGCUGGUCAGUGAAGCGCUUUGCGACCUUGGUAUAACUGCAGUUGAUGCAAGCGAAGUCUUGGACAUAAUGCUCUCAGACUAUCCACACAAAUACGAAGAGUACCGAAGCCAUCAGCGGGAGAAGCAGCUGGCUGAACCUGAAGCGGUGGUGGAGGAAGUUAAACCGGAUGUUAAGCCUGAAAUUGUAGAAGUGAAAGAGCAGAAGUCUGAACAAAAACCAGAACUACCGAAGGUAGACCCAGAAAAACUCAGACAAGAGAUGGCGGCCGCGGCGAUCGCGUCGGCCAGCGAGUGGAACGCGCGGCUGAACGCGGCGCGGCGGCCCGCGUGCGCCGACCUGCAGUCGCUGACGGUGCUGCGCCGCCGGCCGCCGCCCGCCGCGCCGCCGCGCGUGCGCGUGCAGCCGCCCGCGGGCUUUUACCCGCACGCGCUGCUGCCGGGCCAGUACCAGCACAGCUACCGGCUCUACACGCCCGAGGAGCUGCGGUACUUCCCCCUGAAUACGGCACUAGCCGCCCCGCCCGCGCCACCAACCCCUGCGGACGACAGCUCGGAGUCGGAGCCGGAGUGGGGCUCGCGGUGCUCCUCCACCGACGACUCGGACACGGAGACUCAUAGGAAUGCUAAACGGAAAAAGAUAACAAAAACGAAACGCAGCAGCCACACGGAGGUGUCGAACUCGGCCAGCGUGAAGGAGGAGGAAGUGGUGGACACGUGCCGCGCCUGCAAGCUGCGGCUCGAGGCCAACCGCAAGUACACGCACGAGCGCUUCCUCGUCUGCGCCAAGUGCGACGCCAAGCUGCACCCGUCCUGCGUGGAACUGAGCCCGGACACGAUCCGCAAGUGUCGCGAGUACCCGUGGCAGUGCGCCGAGUGCAAGACGUGCUGCGGUUGCUCGCUGCCCGCCGACGACGAGAAGAUGCUGUUCUGCGACCUGUGCGACCGCGGCUUCCACAUCUACUGCGUGGGGCUGCAGGCCGUGCCUAAUGGGCGGUGGCACUGUGUGGAAUGUGCAAUCUGCAAGUCGUGCGGCGCGCGGGAGCCCAGCGGGGCGGGCGCGAGCACGUCGGCGGGCACGGGCACGCCGGGGAGCACGGGCACGCCGGGGAGCACGGGCACGCCGGGGGGCCUGGGCAGCGUGAGCACGGCGGGCGCGGAGUGGCACCACCAGACGCGGCGCGGGCCCGGCGGGCACAAGGUCUACUCGCACUCCCUGUGCACGCCGUGCGCGAGGGCGUAUCGCAUCGGUCGCUACUGCCCGCUGUGUGAGCGCUCCUUCAUCGGGCCCAAGGGGACCAUGCAGCUCGUCAUUUGUAAGCUCUGCGAUAGGCAACUGCAUCAAGAGUGCGUUAAGGCGACGGUGGCGAGCCUCAAGGUGCUGGACUACACGUGCGGCGAGUGCCGGCGCGGCGGGAUCACGUCGCGUGCGGCCGCCGUGCGGUUGGCGCCUCGCACCAUCGCCACGCUCUUCAUGGCGAAGCGUCGCUUCAACAAGUACGCGCACCGCCAGUAUCUGCAGAGCCGCGAGCGCGAGCGCGCCGCGCUCUCCGACUCGGAGCCCGCCGACGACGCCAGCGACCCCCUAGAGCCCGACCCCUAGGACCCCCCAUCGUCUCCAUUGCGCCCCUCCGCUCUGACCAAUGCGAUUAUAUUGUAAUAUUUUAAUUGCAAUUCAAACAGCGUCGUCUAUUCGCGGAUUGUUUAGCUAUACUAUAGCGAAACUUUAUAUGCAAUGUUUAUCAACAAACAAAUUGAAAAUUAAGUUAGAAAACACGUCAUUUCCUACGUAAUUUAUUAUAAUUAUGUAUUCUUUUUUUUUGUCAAAGAUUUUUUCUAAGCUUAUUAAUCAAAUUGAUUGUCAUUAAUUUAGGUACAAGUUGAUUAAAAUUAUUAUUAUAGGUGUAAAAUGGCUACCGAUUUAUAACCUUAUUUUUAAUUUGUUUGUUGAUAAACAUUCCACAUCGAGUUUGGCUUUAGUAUAGAGCACUGUUUAAAUUGUAUACAAAUUAAAAGUUUUACAAUAACCUCGUGUAUCCAGAGGCCGCGUCUUCCCGCGCGCCCGCCCCUCGGUGUAUAGAUACAGAACUGUGUAAUAUAUCUAGCUGUUAUUAGUUCGUAACGUAUAACUAUUAUUCGCUUCGGUAAUACGGUCGUGAGGUAUAAACUGUUGCAUAAAUCUGAUUAAUAUAACGAUUAACUAGUAGGCUAUGUAUAGGUAAGCUGUCGAAUAGUGGAUAGGUCCGAGCGACGCGACCGCCGGCGUCGGGCGCGACGGUCGCGUCGCGCGAGUGACGUCACGAUGCGGUUCGUUAGAUGUAGUGAGCGGUUCGCUAACGACAAACUGUACAGUAAUUUAAUACUAACUUCACUAUAUGGGUAGCUGGGCAAUCAUACUAUUUUUAAUAUUAAUUUUUUGUUUUUUGAAGUUAGCGAGACAAAUCAUGUAUGCAUCCCCGUGUUAUUUAUACCGAAAGGAAGUGUAGGCUGAUACGGAUCGAGUAGUGUGGUGUUGUUUUGUGAGGAACGUUGAUUUCAUCGAAGCUGACAUUGCUGUGUACAUGUAUACGCGCGUUUACGAGGAAAGUGUUAUAAAUAGAAUGUUUUCUCUGCAAAAUAAACUUCUCCAAACUUGAAAAUUAUAAACUGUGUAUUAUAUAAAAAAUCUGCCUUUUUAAUGCAUUUGUAAUGCAUAACUCUUCGUACUAAAUGAGAUAGAUACUCGAUUGGACGGUCGUUUUUUUGAAAUGGUUGAUUUGAAAAGAAGACAGUGCGCAUUUUUCUGUUUUGAAUAUAGGUUAAUUAUAGAGUAUUGUUAAUUUCGCUUAAUAAGGUAUUUAUUUUAGUUAUACUUUUAUAUGGAUACAACUGUAUACAAACAUAUAUCUGUAUCUCUAUUCACGUAAUUAUGUAUUAUUAUAUUAUAUACGAGAUGAAGUGAAUGGAAGGUGUUUCAGUUUAUCGGCUCUCGUUACAGAUGAGAGUUCACUUAUGAAUAGAAUCGCAUUGAAAAGAAUUUAUCAGACUCCCAAAAUAAAAAAUGAAUAUAAGUGAUUAAUUUACUCUUUAGACAUUGUUGAAUUAAAGCUAUGUUAAUAGAUUGUUAGGUUUUUUUGUUUAGUUUAAUCGAACGAGUGAAGACCAGCAGCUCUUCUUCUGAUUAACGAUUUAUAUUAUUUAACUCAUUCAAGACAAAAUGCUAGACCACAACAGCUGUAACUGUAUUAAAAAAAAUGAAGGCAAUUCCUCAACGCCACGUGUCCUCUCUACCCUACGAAUUAUUUGAUCCUUUAGCUAUAUUGUGGUGUAAUUUAGUAGUAGUUGUAUCUGCGUAUAUAAUUCGUAUUUUGAAUUGCCUCCCACUAUGGAACCUAAAGUUUUAGUGACGUAUUUACGUCACUAAAACAUGUGUACGAUGUUGUCAUCACGAAAAUGUAGUACAGUUAGAUUUGCCGCAUCUCAAGUUUUGUAGAAUAUAUAGCAAAAUAUAAUUAUGAAUUACCAUUAACAUCAGAUUUGUGUAUAGGAUAUAAAAUAAUGUAUACACCAGCAUUUGCAAUAAUGAAAAUAUUUAAGAAAAUACCUAUGGUAUUUUUUUGCUGUCUAACAAUAUACCAUGUCUAUAAAGUAGUGUCCUUUUGUUUCAUAAAGCAAACCCUUAAACGCAAAACAAAGUCAGAUCAGUCAGAAAUUCUUAUUACAAAUCUAAUAUCUUGUAAAAUAAAAAUAAAUGUCUCUUAAUCUUUGAGUAAUUGUGACAUCAUUCAAAUUGCACAAAACAUGUUGAAUGAACGCUAGAUAAACGCUACGUGUGAAUGGGCUGUUAUAAAUGAUGGCUGGUCGUUAUUAUGAUUUCAAUGAAAUUCAAUAAGUCCCGUCUUGAAUUAUAAACAAUGCAUUAUUUUUGUGCGAGUGCGAUUUUGGUCUAGCAUUUUGUGUUUAUUUCAAAGUACAAAACAUAGGCUACCUUUAUCUGCUAAUUUAUUUAAAAUCGCCCAGGAAAUUGUACAAGCCGAACGAAUGAAUAAAGUUUAUUAUUAUUAUCAGAUUAAAUUAUAUAUCGAAGAGUACCUAUUAUAUUGUUUAGUUUUUUGAUUAUAAAGAUAUAAUUUAUUCUAUCGAGAAUGAUAUAGUAUUACUUAAAUAGAUGAUUUUUUAGGCGGUUCCGAUUUCACGGGCGAUGCUCAAGAUUAACCCACACUUACAUUUUCUAAUUUUUCUAGUAUUCGGUGAAACGAUGCAAUAUUCAAACGCACUUGAUUAUUUUACAAUGAUGCUUGUAUUAUGUAUCAUUUAGACAAAAACUUGUAUGUAAUGACGUAUUUUAAAAUCAUACCAAUCUGUUAAUUCUACUGUCUAAUGACUACUGAAUUUGUUCUGAAGAUUUUUAGAAGCCGUUUAAUUUCUACCAUUAGCGGUUGUAAAAGUUAAACCAAACUUUGUUUUUGUAAAUAGUCUUUAUGGUAAGAUAAAAAAAUAUUCAGAUCAGAUAUUUUUCAACAUAAUUUAUUCAACAUUUAUGCCGGAUUUACAUUGGGUAUUUUGUACAUUGGAGAUUUUUUUCAUUAUAAAUCCUUCUCUAAGGGCCAAUCUACCUCUACAUUGACUAAACAAUACCAAACAGAUACCUAUUCCUAUACCGUUCAAAGGACAUAACUAAAUCUAUCGGUCUGUAUUUCUAAUUUAAUCGUCAAAUAUUGAAUUUUUAUUUUUAAAAAUAAAUGUACAAUUUAUUACUGCUAAAUCGCAAGGCUCAAUGUAAUUCCUGCCUAAAAUAGUUAAAUAUCAUUUUGUCGUUUGUGAUAUGUGACAGAUAUUAUGACUAAAGGUUAAAUUUACACAAGAUUCGCAACAAGAGAUACCUAUAAAUAUAAUUUAGCAUACAUAUCGCUCUCUUCCCAUCGUAAAGAAAGGUAUACUAUGCAUAGUACUCUUUCAUUACGAUAGAAAUACAAAGCGAUGUGUAUGCGAAAUAAUCCCAUUAUCUCUUUGAGCGCAUCUUAUGCUUGCUGGAAUGUGUACGAGCCAGUGUCACUAUCCUUGUGUAAAUAGGCCUUAACAAAAUACGUCUAAAAGUUUUUGUCGCCACAUUAAACUGUAAUAUGAAAAAUAGUUUCACAAGUGUAUGUAUUUUAACAAUUAUACAAUGUGUGGAAUUGCCUUUUCACUUAUUUCCAUCUACAUUGUGUAGGUAUUGAUGAAUGAUUGAAUGAGAAGCUUUACCAAAUUUACGUCAGUGAAAAUCGUUCUUCAAAACGAUGCUUCAUUUUAGAGAGAGUUUAUAAAAAACGUAGAUUGAAAAAAUCAUUAUAACCAAUGAUUUCAUCCAGAGUGAAUGUAUAGUGAAAAAUGUAAACAUUUCCGUCCCAUUCACUAUUCAGUUCACAUGAUAAUUGAAAGUGUUCCAUACAAUUUCACACAAUUGGAUGAAAGUAAGUAAAUGGGGAUAGAUUCAGUAUUCCUCAGAUGUGCGAAAAAAUUACACAUCGACCAAUAGUGCCGAACUAGAAAUAUCGCUUCCUCUUUCCCAUUGCAACAAGAGAGAGAGACAGCGAUAUUGCCGGUUCGCCCGCUAUUGGUCGAUGUUACUUUUUUUCUUCGCGAGAUUGUCUCGAUGCAGUCAGGGCUACUGGAUAAUUUCAAUAAUAAUGUAAAAAAAUGUCGCUUUUGCAUUUGUUUCACUCGUAGUCUCCCGUACUUACGUCCUCUGCGCGCUAUCGUCUUACUGCUGAGUGCAAUUGUCCCAAUGUGUUGUGUAUUAUACCUUGUAUUAGAGAUGUAAUCAGUAACUACAACUAAUACUGAUUAAGUGUAAUGUAUCGAAGUUUAGUUUAUAAUUAUGCUUUCUUUAUUAUUAAUCAUAAUUUACCUUAGUGACAAUUUUUAAGUAAUGUCAACAGAUCAACUUACUUGAAAUCAUGUAAAAUCGGUUCAGGUGUGUGUGUUUUUUACACGCCCUUUCAAAUUCGCGUUGCUUUAUCGACACAGGUGAAUAAGACUUACUUGUAAGAGAAGUAAAUAAUUACUUGAGUCUACUUAAAUGCAAAUGUAAACGUUCUAGAAAUCUCGCACUGUUCGGUCAAUUUUGUAAAAAAAUAAAGUAAAUUUAAUUUGA